UAAUCGAAUUGUGGUGACUUGACUGUACAACAUAAAAAACACUCAAAGUAAGUAACAGGGCGUGGAGUAAAAAUGCUGUUUAGCAAUCAAGUUAGCGCCGACGGAGUGACGUUGAGCGAUAGCAUCGAUCGAAGACACCGUUGAACGACUGAUAAUUUAUUACGAUCUGCUAUCUGCUUUACGCCGGGACAGCUAUCGCCAACAUUGCCAAUGAAUCCGGAAAAGACUUCCGAGGCCUUGACAAAACUAGAGCUAAAAAAGCUGCGAAAGCUUGAAAAAAGGCAAGCCAAAAAGGCGGCGGCCGAGGAGUUGCGGAAGAAAUGUGUUAGGGACCACUUGAAGCGCGAGCAAAAUUUCUCUCUAGAAACGGAAAAACGGGUUUUCAAGGACUGGGAUCGGAUGUGCGCCGAUGUCAAAUAUGCUGCACUCCUGGAAGAAAUGCAGCAAAUUAAACAGAAUGUUCUCCUGCUGUUUGACCGGAAGAACAACUACAUCGAGCGGCUGUUUGGGGAUCGCGCUGAGAUAGAAGACAUAUAUGGGAGGAAUUUGUUGCGAUUGAAACGACUGAUUGAUUGCUAUUUGGAAAUACAUCAAUACUUUGUUACCAAUUUGUCAAAUCAGUAUCAGGAAGACUCCAAACUACGCUUACAGGAAUUCGGUCAGGAGGUUCAAUUGAAAGAAGGACAAGCCAAUGAAUGCACCCAGAACAUGGAAGGAGCCUUAAUAUCAUUAGAAGAAUCCAUGGAACAAGGGCUGAUUGACGACCGAGUGGAUUUCAUCAAGACGAAUGACGAAAAUAUCAAUUUUCAUAUCGAGAAAAGGGAUCGGCUUCGCGACGAAAAUGUUCAACGAAUGGAACAUCUCCAUGGAGAAAUAAAGAGUGUUCUGAACAAUUAUUUCACCACCAUCCUGCACCCAGAUAUGGAAAAAGCGUACCAAAACUUGUGUGAUGAAGAUAAACAGUCGCAAUCAAUUAUCCAGACUAACCGUAACAAGAUUAAAGAAUUCAAUUUGCGCAUUAACCAUUUAACGAAGAAAAUCACGGAAGUGGAAAUUGCUGGCACUCGAAAAAUAAUUUCAAAAAAAUACAUUAAACGGAAGCUUGAAGAGGAAAUCGACACGCUCAAAAGAGACAUCAUCCAUAUGGACGUCAGUCAAAUGGACCGAAUGAAAAAAAUGUCCUACGAGGUUUUUCACGUCCAGAAGCAUCUGGAAAAGCUAUUGGAAAAAGGAAAAUUGAUUCUGAACCUGGCUCAAACCUGUUGCAAGUACGAAUGCGAGGACGAUGUCAAUUACUUCAAGAAACGAUUGGAGCAGCAAAGCCACUCCCUUGUCGAACCUGUCGACUGUCCAGUUGACUAUGCGUUUUUAUUCGAUAAAAUCAACCGUGUGAAGGCGAUCAAUGUGCUGCAGCGUGAGGAACGGGACCAGCUUCUGCAGGCCAAUCGCGACCUGCAACGACAGUUCCAACAGUACUGCCAGCUCAACAGCCCCGAAGCCAAAGUUGCCCUGCUUCAGCCUACCGUUAAGACCGUAGACCUAACAGGUGACAAACAAUGAGUGGAAUUUCAUUGGCGUGACUGAACGCACAUGAGGUGGUGAUUUAUUAAUGCAGCUGACAGUGGGCCGUUGACAGGGGGUACCGUGCAGUGGACAACUCCAAAGGGAUUAAAAAUGUUCAAUAAUUGAUAUGGAAUGUUGUUUUGAAUUGUUAGCGAGACAAAUUGAUUGUGAUUGAAUUUCAAACUUGUUUACUUUCUAUUGAGCUAAUGUAAUUCGUUUCAUUUCGC